UUUCAGUUGUUUUUGCUUUGCCGUUAAGAAUUCCCUCUCUUUCUCUCUCUCCUCAAAUUUCUCUUUCUGUUGGAGAAACGAAUCUUCCAAAACCCUUAUUAAACGAUUUUCAUUUCAACUGUUUUUUUCCCCAAGAACUGCUGCCUUAUAAUUGGAAUAAUUUUUCAGGUAAUACUUCAUAAAUUGUUUCCAAUGAGGGAAGCGGGAAACGAGGGACGGGGAGAGCCGAGGGCACCGUUGGUUGCGCCAAAUGAUGAUUUGAAGAAUAGUGGCCUCAUUCCCCAGCUAUUUACCUCUGUACCAUCGCUCAAUGAGGCUGCCUCCUAUAUUGCACAAACAACUUCUUUAUUUACUGGUUGUUUCUCUGAUUUUUCUGUAGAACCAUCCCCUAGAGGUUCUGGGAACUCCAUUCUACAUGCACAUGAAUUAAUAACGCUUUCUUCUGGACAAACUGGGGGAUCUGUGGCUACUACCAAUGAUCAGCCCUCUUCAAGUGGAACUGCUGCUCCUGUACAUGGUGAAAUAACAAGAACCUCUUCUGGAGAGUCAUCUCCCAAUACUAGUGCACUUGUAAGAUCAAAUGGUACUGGACAAAAUGGAAUUUCCCUUUUUAAAAGCCUUAUUGACCGGGCACGACGGACUGUCCAUGGGUCUGCAGAUGAUAUAGGGUGGCUACAACGUGCUUCAGGAAUGCCACCAGUUGAAGAUGGGACCGAAAAUUUCAUAGAAAUUCUUGACAAUAUCCGGCAUGGUCUGCACAAGUUGCCAAACUCGAUGGUGUACCUGCUGGUUCCAGGUCUUUUCAGCAACCAUGGACCACUUUAUUUUGUUAAUACGAAAACGAGUUUCUCAAAGAUGGGUCUGGCCUGUCAUAUUGCCAAGAUUCACAGCGAGGCCUCAGUUGAGAAAAACGCCAGAGAGAUAAAAGAGUACAUUGAGGAAAUCUAUUGGGGUUCCAGGAAACGUGUUUUGCUUCUUGGACAUAGCAAAGGGGGAGUAGAUGCAGCAGCUGCUUUAUCAUUGUAUUGGUCUGAUUUGAAAGAUAAGGUUGCUGGAUUAGCAUUAGCACAGAGUCCGUAUGGUGGCAGCCCCAUUGCUUCUGAUAUCCUGCGAGAAGGACAGCUUGGUGAUUAUGUCAAUGUGCGGAAACUUAUGGAGAUUCUGAUCUGUAAAGUGAUUAAGGGUGACAUGCAAGCUUUGGAAGAUUUGACUUAUGAAAAGAGGAGAGAAUUUUUGAUGAAGCACCAAUUGCCGAGAGAACUCCCCGUGGUUUCGUUCCACACAGAAGCUGGCAUUUCGCCUGCUGUUUUGAGCACAUUAUCUCAUGUUGCACAUGCUGAGCUACCAUCUGUAGCUGAACCUACAAAACUCCCUGUGGUAAUUCCCCUCGGAGCUGCAAUGGCUGCAUGUGCCCAGCUGCUGCAAAUCAGGUAUGGCGAGAAGAGCGAUGGGCUCGUCACGUGUCGUGAUGCAGAAGUCCCUGGAUCCAUUGUUGUGCGGCCGAAACGAAAAUUAGACCAUGCUUGGAUGGUGUAUUCAUCAUUGAACGAUGACCCAUCAGAAGCAGAUGCCUCCCAAGUGUGUGAGGCUCUUCUGACGUUACUAGUGGAAGUUGGGCAGAAGAGGAGGCAUGAAUUUUCGAUGAAAGAUGAAUGAGGCCAGUUGUAUUGGUUUUCAUCUCAUUGUCAUGAGGUGGUUGUUCUGUCAGCCUCCUGUUUCUUUUCUUAACCACUUUGCUCUCUCUUCUCCAUCCAAGCUGAAACUAGUUUAGAGCCUGUUAUUUGUUUGUACAUAUAUCAGAUACCUUGAUAAAUAACUGGGGGGGUCCACACGAAUUAAAAUUGUAGAAAGCAAAACGUGCUGCUAUCGAACUGGAAGGGUGUGGAUAAUGUUGUGUCGAUUAUGAUCCUU